UUUAAACAUUUCAAAAGCAAUGAUUUAAAUCCCAGAACUCUACUCGUAACAUUGCUAAAUAUAUUUCUUAAAUGAUAAUCAUUGAAUAUAAUUAACCAAUGCGUAUGUGGCUUGAGUUCAAAAUAUAGAUAAAUAUAUUCUGAGACCAACAACUAUGUAUCGUGAGAAAUAUAUAUGUGUCUGUUCAUUUGAAAACGGAACGUCUGCUCGAGCGUAUUCAUCCUUCCUCUUCCGUGCCACAGGAUGUUGUUUCCGCAAUAUCAUCCAUAUAAAGCGAAUACCUUGACAGAUCUUAACAUUCUUAGCUUGAUAAAGUCACAAUACAUUACAAAAUGUCUCAUUUAACAAUUGGUAUAUUUGUAUUAGGUGCUAUUUUUGGUAUAAGCGAACUGGGAUUAUUUUCGAUAGCGGCACCACAAUUCGGAAACAUUGUAGGUCAUGGCGGAGGUGGCGGACUUGGAGACUAUGGUAAAGGUCUAGAUCUCUCGUUUUUGUAUCCACCGGAGUUUUAUUUUUUCCACGAAGUUACUCCCGGACCAAAGCCACCCGAGGAAGAGGGGGCACGAGGUGCAAGGAGACGAGGAGGUAGGAGACGAGGCAGACGACGAGGACGCAGUAUAAACGGAGUAGCUUUACCCGACCGGAACACUAUGUCAUGA